AUGUCAAUGGGGAUGAGACUGUUGGUAACAUGUUUUAUCAUCAAGUACGUUACUGGUGAUUUUCCUAAUCAAUAUAUACCCAACGUAUUUGAUAACUAUCCUGUGAAUGUGACUUACAACAACAUUCAUAUUGAUGUGGAAUUGUGGGAUAUUUGUGGACAAGAAGAAUACCCUAUUUUAAGAAAUAAGUUGUACUAUCCAAAUACCACGUGUUUUAUUUUGUGUUUUUCGCUUGUUUAUUUGGACUCUUUUGGACACAUCAAAACAUUUUGGUUGCCAGAAAUCAGACACUUUAACCAAGACAUACCAAUAUUGUUAGUCGGCCUCCAAAGUGAUUUGAGAGAAUCAACUGGAAUUAUUGUAAGUAAAUAUUCAAAUGGGGUUUAUCAAAGAAUAACAACAGAACAAGGUUUACAAAUGGCAAAAGAGAUUGGAGCAAAUGGUUAUAUUGAAUGUUCGUCCAUGAACGAUUUUAAUCUCAACUUGGUUAUUCAUAAAUCCAUAAAAUUAAGUUAUAAAUAUCUUAAUACUCAUACAAACGCAAAACAGCAAAAUGAAGAUUGCAUUAUGUGUUAA